GUUAUGUACAUGGCAUAUAGGAGAAAAUGCUAUUGUAAACAUCAAAGGUGUUAUGGCUAAGGAUGGUUUCAAACGUAGAUUUGAUUAUGUUUUGAAAUAUACUGACACAAUUGCCGAGUUUCAGCAUUAUUGGAAUAGUCUUAUGACUGAUUACAAUUGCAAGACACACAAAUGGAUAGAGAGGUUAUAUGAUUUGAAAGAGAAAUUGUGUCCUGCAUAUAACAAAGAGUGGUUUUCUGGGGGUAUUUUAUCUUCUCAAAGGAGUGAGACGACAAAUCAUUCUAUUUCUAGGAGGUUGCAUAAAACGAAUGGUUUAUGUGAUUUUUAUAAGUGUUUUUUAGAUGUAAUUGAUGAAUGGAGAAGUAAGGAGAACAAGGGAGAUUAUAAUUCUUCUACUGGAAAUAGAUAUUACGCAUGUGCGGAUAACAUGUUAUGUUUGCAUGCGCGGGAUGUGUAUAUCAUUGCAAUAUAUUUGAUAUUUGAGCAACGAUUUAUCAAAGCAAUUGGUUUGAGGUGUCAACGCAUUUCCUAUGAGUUUCCAGUUUCUAAGUACAUUGUUGGGCAUCCUACAAAGGAUUUUAUUAGACAUGUUGUGAAGUUUAAUGAGCAAGAGAUGGUUGUUGAUUGUACUUGCAAGUCAUAUGGAAAGAUAGGAGUUCUUUGUUCUCAUAUUCUUUGAGUUUUCAUUGUCCAUAAUGUUGAAGAGAUUCCCAAACAAUACAUUAUGAAGAGAUGGACCAAAGAGGCUAUGAACACGAUUGUUGAAGAAGGAGAAGAUAGAGAUAAUGAAGUAAGUGUUGUUUCUGCUUCAGUUUGGAGGAUGCAAAGCAUAAGAAAUUGCAUCAAAGUUAUAAAUGAAGCUCAACAUUGUCCGGCUGCAAGGAAGCUUAUUGAUUUGGGUGUGUUGGAUAUGUCAUGCAAAGUAAAGGAGUAUAUUGGUGGUGUUGAAGGGGAUGGUAAUGUAUCAAACAAGUAUGUGCGAGAUGAAACUCUACUCGAUGUCGUUGAGCCUUCAACAGACACAGUUUUGCCGGAUGUUGUGGAACCGAUUGCUGAAAAAGUCAUUCCAACAAUGAUUCAAAAUCCACCAAAGCGAAAGAGGAAGAUUAAGAACGGGACUGAAAAGGCUAAUGAGAGGAAUGUGAGACCUAAAGGAAUUGUUGAGAAGAAACGCAAUAAACUGAAAGGUUGGAACAAGAGAAGAGAAAGACAUGUUGAUAAUUUGAGGGAGGAAACUCAGUCUACUGAUCAGUGUAUCAUAAAUUUACCUGUUGGUGGGGUUUUGGUUCAUCCAACAUCUCCAAAUUCACAAUUGGAAGCAUAUGUUCCAGAUGAUUAUUUUGGAGUACACAUACAUCCUUUGUAG